CAAGUACCAAGUCGUCGUCAUUUUCCCGUUGCGGGCGUUCUUGAUCAGCUCACCGCAACCGGAAUGCAGCCCAAGAUGGCACCACUUCUUCAGCGCUGGAGGAUGUGAUUUUGGUCCACAGCACUCGUCCCAGGCCUAUUUAGUGCUGGCGUCGCAUGAAAUGCAUCGCAGCCAAUAACAGCGCAGUGGCGGGGGCACGAUCAGGCAGACGGCCGUCAGCAGAACUCGACAGAAGGAUCAGGUAAUGCAAGCGAUGGGACGGCCGCUUACCUCACCUACCUAAGGCAACUAAUUACAGCAUCAGGCUGGCAGCGCCAGACAGCGGCCCUCAGUUUCGUCCUUUGCACCUGCACCAGCCUUCUCCCACGCUUGGCUGUGGUUAGAGUGCAGAUAACAUCGUCCGAUUCGACAGCGAGGUCAAGAUGGAUCGGGAGAUGGAUCAAAGCGGGGAUGAACUCGCCCAAAUGUGGCAGGAUGCCGUCGCCGAGUACACGCGCGAUACGCAAAAGACGCUCUCUCCUGCCGAAAUCCAGGCGCUGGCCGAGAUCAAGAGCGUCGACGACGUGGCCGAGCACAUCGAGGCAUCGGACGCUGCCUUCUCUGCCUACCGCCACAAGAACGAGCGACUGAUGUCGACGCUGAAGAGCUUCGUCGCACCCAUCUCGGCCAUAGCCAGCAUCGCUACGACGCCUGCCUCGGUCGCCGACUACGGCACUGCCUCUAGCGCCGUCUUGGGCGCCGUUGUCCAUCUCUUAAAGGCUUGCGACGACGUCAGCAACGCAUACGACUGGGUAGAGCAGCUGUUCCGUGAGCUGCAGGAGUUUUCGGAACGCUUAGGUCAAUAUGUAGAGACUCGCCUCGACCACGUUCUGCGCCGCAAGAUUGUUGCCAUUCUGGCCGUCAUCCUCAAAGUUAUCGGCCGCUCUCAGAGACUCAUCCGCGAACGCCGCUUUCGAGAGUACCUGCGUGUGACCUUCUUGGGCAAGGAUGCGGCCACAAAGAAGCUGAUCGACGACCUGAACAAGCUGCUGGGCAGCGAACAGAGGUACGUGCUCGGAGUCACCUACGCAACAGCGCAGAGGACCGAGGACCUGUCCAAGGCUACAAACGAUACCGUAAACAGAGUCCUCGACACUCUCGAGGACGAAAAGGACAAGAAAUCCCAGGCCGAGGACGAGAACCGGCUGAGAAACACGCUAUGCAGCCCUCCAGCGCACGCUGAUGUCGAGGAAAUACUCAUCAGGAAUGAGCGAUCGCUCCUCAAGGGCACGGGCGCCUGGCUGGAGACGGAGCCGUUUUUCAGCCCCUGGAUGCGCCGUGAAGCUACAAUCCUUUGGAUUUUUGGCGGACCGGGCUCCGGAAAGAGUUUCCUAUCCACGCGGUUGACGCAGCUACUGCGUGAGAAGAGCGAGCGCGAGGGCGGACACGAUGCGGUGGCCUACUUCUUUGUCAAGGAGAAUAGCGAGACCCUGCGCGACGCCAAUAUCAUCUUGAAGACUCUGGCCUGGCAGAUAGCUACACAGGACCUGGCUUUCCGGAAGCACGCCAUGCUUGUCUGUCGUCAGCGGUCCCGAACCAUCACGCCGGAUUUGACGUGGGAGAGUCUGUUUCUCAGCUACUACUAUAAUCCCGACGGCGCACAGAACCAGCGUGCCGUCACGAUCGUCAUCGAUGGCCUGGAUGAGGCCACCGCUGAGACAAGGUACACCAUUCUUGGGCUUAUGCACGACCUGGUAUCAUCGCAGACGCCAAGAGGAGGCAACGGCAUAUACUUGGCCAUUAUCGGCCGGGGUUCUCUUCGGAGCGACAUGGACUUCAAGCGGCUGGAGAAGACCUUCUUUAUCGAAGUAUCCUCCAGCAAGAAUCGUCAAGACAUCGACAGCUACAUCCGGAAACGCCUCGAGGAGCUUCAAAUUCUUCGAGAAAUGCGCAAGAUAAAGAAUGGCGGCCUGAAAAAGGCCAAUCAGGUGGGGAGCAAGAUCAUGAAGAAGGUUUCCGAAGGUGCCGACGGGGUAUUCCUGUGGGCCAAACUGCUCCUGGACGGCCUGAUGAACAAGGAUCUGCCCCAGGUCGAAGCCAUUCUGGCAAACCCCCCGUCGACGCUCGACAAAAUGAUCUGGUCCGUCUUCGACCGGCUCGCUAAAGACGAAGAGCUGGACCAGCACGUGCUUCGAAAGAUGCUAAUGUUCAUGGCCCAUGCGCGGCGGCCCCUUUUGUUUGGAGAAUUGGACCUCGUUACGAGCCUGCCAGCCCGGAAGCCUAAUUACUUCCUCUGGAAACACACGCGCGGAAAACUUUCGUCUGUUUUCGAGCUGAAAUUCCCCAACGACCUUGAUCCAGAUGAAAUGCAAACGAACGGCAGCGAAACCGAGGUCGACGGUGAGACUAAAGGCGGGGAGAAUCAGGAGGGGCUAGAGUCUAGCUCUGGCGGCGCAGAUUCCCAGGCAGACGGGGACAAGGACUUUGACUUUUCCUACGACAGCGAUGAGGAUAACAACGGGACCAGCGACACCGAGGUUGGCUCUGACGACGAUGACGACAUUUUCAGCACAUCGUCCAGUUCCGUUACCCGAACAGGACGAACCGAUUCACUCCCAAACCUUGAGUCGAUAGGAGGCGGCGACGUGCCCGACGCAGAUGUCGAGGACUUGCUCUCCCACUUGUCGGCAGACGCAAACAAACAGCGCACCAAGGUUGCUUUCUGCCACACACGUAUCCGGGACUUUCUCGUCCGCGAAGGUAGUGCAUUGACGAGGAAAAGUCCACCGCUUUCUAUCAUCCCGGGUGUUGACGAUGUGCACGCUGAUAUCACAAUUACCUGCCUUGAGAUAUUCCAGCUCGAGCUUUCUUUGAAGGACGAUUGGCGGUUCCUUUGCGACUAUCCGCUCUGCCAUCUGCCAUUCCAUCUCGAGGGCGUCGAUCCCGCCACAGUGCCGCCGGAGAAGGCGGGACAAAUCAUCGAGGGCCUCCACUGGCUUUUUGGGACGAGCAAGGGAACCGAAUGCCUGAUCAGGUCUGUGACCCAGUACGACGAGUUCCACAGCUCCAGCAGCGAGCUGUGGAGGCUUUGGGCAGCAACCGACAAGUACUUGAAGCUUGUCCAAUCGUGGCUAGGAAGCAUCGAGUCGUUUCGCCAUCACACAAACUGUGACGACGACGCCAUUGCCUGGAUGCUGGGCGCGUCCCGAUCUCUGAAGGACUUUAUUCAGCCCGCCAUGUUGACUGCGUCGAAGCUGUGGCUAUCUCGCCCAAGCUUUGACAGCCCUACGUAUUUUGACAAGGGAGAGCUUCCCGCCUGGCUGGUACACGGCUGGCUGACCUGGAUGGAAGGGGGCCAGCCACCUCCCGAGCAGGUUAACCUCGUCGGCGACUUGGAAUCGCUGACACCAGAGCGCCUCGAACAAAUGGCGACCUACGCCGGACUCGAGCACGAUGUCCACUGGCAUACGCUGCUCGGGUGGUCUCUAAUGAUGGGUAUGAACUACGAGGGUGCCGUUGCGCACUACCACAGCGCCAUUGAACUGUACCCAGAGGCCUGGGUGGCAAUUGAAGGGCUCGCGCGCUGCGCUGGCGAGCAAGGCCAGUUCGGCGACGCCAUCUCUUGGCAGAAAAAGGCCAUCGGCGCGCUUCCAGCGUCCAUGCCUUGGAUCUUGGGGUACCUUUACCCGAGAAUCACCGAGUGGGCCAAUGAACUUGGUCUCACCGACGAUGCCUUCGAGGCGGCCAAAGCAGGAUUCAAGGCGGAUGACUCGUGCAUCUUGGCUUCAACCACGUACCUGGCUGAAUUGCACAGUCACGAAAAUUCGGCUGAGAUGGCCGCCACUCUCGAUUAUAUGACCUCGUGGUCCAUCGAGUCCGGGACCGGCACUGACAUCCUGCUGCUGACCCGUCUCUUCGUGUAUGGCGAGGACAUCUUCGCCGACAUUGGCUGGGGAUGCGCCAAGGAAGGCAGGCCGCAGUUCGUCCUCGACUCACUCGACGAGGCCCUAACGAUUGUUGACGAGGACGAUCGCGAGUGGAUCAAGGUUUGGCUGCCGUACAAGAUGGGCCGUUUCAAGUACACGUAUUACGGUCUCGAGGAACAGGCGAUAGAGCUUCUCGAGAAGUUCCUCAAGCGGCUCUUGCAGAAGGAUGAGAGCUUCCAGAUCUCGUUCGCAGUAGAGCGCAAGGACGCGCGAAACCUUCUGGCACAGCUUUACUUCGACACGGCCGUCGCGGCGUGGGCCAGCGACCCCAAGACGCGCCCACCCGGCGCCGACAAGCUGAAACAGCUAGCCAUCGACGCGCCGACGGGCUUUGGCGACGACUAUGAGGGCUUCGAUCUCUUCCGGGCCGACUACCCGGCAAUGCUGUGGGGACGGUGGCUGCGCGAUCACAAGCGCGCCGAAGAGUCCAAGUGGCGAAAAUGCUUCAGGACACGUCUCCUCGACGAGAUGAACACGAUAGACGACGACGAUCCGACUAAUGAUACGGCUGGAAUAUCCAGCCUGGCAGUGUCCCUCUUUCAUGCCGGUGACAGGACCAACGCGGGCGCCAUCUUGGCCAUCCUGUUCCAGUCUGUCGAGGCCGAAGCAAAGGCAAGCCAGAACAAAAUCGAGGAGCAGGCAGAUGCUGGAGAGGUUGCAGAGGCUGCAGAGGCUGCAGAGGCUGCAGAGGCUGCAAAGGCUGCAGAGGCUGCAGAGGCUGCAGAGGCUGCAGAGGCUGCAGAGGCUGCAGAGGCUGUAGAGACCGCAAGAGCUGGAGAGGCUGCAGGGCCUGAGACGGCAACAACGAAGGAAGCCGAGGAAGCAGAGCCCGGAAAAGAAGCUCGCGAGCUGCGGCUGACAAUUGAGCACGUGUCGGCCUCGUACGCCUGUAGCAACUGCAAGAGGAGCAUCGGCGAGGUCUCGGAGCUGCACGUGUGCGAGGUGUGCUGCAACAACGUCAACUGGUGUGCCGAGUGCCUGGCGCUGCUCAGGGACGCGGAAGACCGUCAGACCAUGGUCGAGCGCCAGUGCAAUCCCGCACACGACUUCUACCGCGCCUGGCCCAUCCCCGAAGAGGCCAGACACGUCGCGGCGCAAUCGUUCGAACACGGCGUCACGGUGCGCAGGGCCUGGCUGAAGAAUCUGAGGCGAGAAUGGUGGGAAUAAGUGCUGGCAAACGGCGAGGGAUUUUAUAAGAAUUUCAUCCCGAAGAGUAUUCUGACCGUUUAUUAUCGCAUUUCGACAGCUCGGAAGCAGAUAGAUAACUUGGUUCAUUAGCUCAUUCCGCUUAUUCUU